CGCAUCGGAAGGAGGAGUCCUCCAGCUACGACCCGUGGUCGCAUAUCGUCAUCUUAAACCACGUCGACGAAGUUCUCGCCGGCGCCACCCAGCAUCUGGAAUUCUUCGGCGCCAAGACGCUUCGCAACCCCGCCAUCACCGUCACCAUGGCGACCCCGCAGCUCCUCUUCGUCGACGGCACGUUCGCCGAGCUGGCGCAGGAGCUGGCCGACUACGUCCAGGUCGGCGACCAGGUCAAGCCGUACCUCGAGAAGGACCAGCCCGAGGCCGCCCUCCAGAUCAUCGUGAAAGCCUCGAGUUACCUCAACUCGGCCCCCGAGAAGGAGUUCACGGGCGCCUACAACCUCUUGAUCCACCUCGUCCUGCAGUCUCAGGACCCCAAGAAAUACCUGCCCACCGUGUGCGGCAACCUCCUCAAGCCGAUCACUUCGUCCCCGGCCCACGGCUUCACCCUUGCCGCCAACGCCCUCAGCACCGUCUUCAACCUCCUCGAGCGGAGCAAUCCCUUGCGCUACAAUGUCUUCAUGCAGAUCAUCCGCUUCAUCAGGCAGAAUGCCCAGUUCGACCUGCUCAAGCCGCGGUUAAAGAACCUGGAAGGCUGGUUUACCGAGUGGGACACGGACGAGGAGGACCAGCGCAAGCUUUACUUGGAGGUGUCGGAGGCCGCCGCAGAGGCUGGCGACGAAGAGGAAUCGUACCACUACCUUGUCAAGGCUCUCGGCACUUUUGACCGCGACGAUCAGGAGGAGAUCACUUCGGAGGAGGCCCAGAUGCUGUCGCUAAAAGCGGUCCGCAUGGCCAUCUCGUCGCCCACCCGAUUCGACUUCCAGGACCUGCGCGCCCUCCCCACCGUGCAAGCGCUCGGCGAUUCCCACCCCGUCUACUCGCAGCUGCUCGACAUCUUCACCGAGCAGGACCUCGAGGACUACAACGACUUCAGAGACGAGCACGAGGGCUGGAUCGAGAAGGAGAAGCUCGACCACGAGAAGCUGCAGCGCAAGAUGCGCCUGCUCACGUUCGCCAGCCUGGCCGCCAGCACGCCCAACCGCGAGAUCCCGUACUCCAGCAUCGCCAAGGCGCUGCAGAUCCCCUUGGAGGACGUCGAGAUGUGGACCAUCGACGUGGUGCGGGCCAAGCUGGUUGAGGGCAGGCUGUCGCAACAACAGAAGGUCUUCCUGGUGCACCGGACCACCUACCGCGUCUUUGGCGAGAAGCAGUGGCGCGAGCUGGGGACCAGGGUCGACCAGUACAAGGCCAUCGUCGACCGCCUGAUCGGCGUCGUCCGCAAGGCGCAGGCGGACGUCGAGAACCAGCGGGAGCGGGAGCAGCAGGAGCUCGAGCGGAAGCUCGCUAGUGUCGGCAUCAGCGGCGAGCGUCAGGGUGGUGGUGACCGCCGCCGCCAACCGCCGAAGCCGCGCACCGAUGAAGACGAUUGAACUGAACUCGGAAACGAGGUUUCGGGAGAGGCACGAAACGGGAUCAUGGCACACUUUUUUGCUUGAUUUGGUCUGGAGUUAAAAAGAACCAAAAGGGCAUAAAGUUAGACAUUUGACGUGUGCUCCUCUUUUUUUUCCGCAUGGAUGAACAGAUAUCCAGGGCACUCAAAUACUCGCUGGCUGGCAUGGGUCUUGCAAAAAUAGGGGCCGGUGAACGGUAUGGACAUGCAUGACUCGCAGGCGACGCGUGAAUUACACUGGGAAUGGGGGGAAAUCGCUGCUUCGGUGUAUCGGGACCUGGCAGCACAGCCUUUGCUGCUCUAGAUUAGAGUAGUAGAAAUCAAAAUGGUCUACACAUG